UUCAGCAGGCCGGACAUCGUCUGUAAACUGGUUCAGAUAAUACGCAACGGUCCCUCACCUGAUGAACCUCUGGAAAGCCAAUUUCAUCUGCAACAAAUCGCCACGGAAAUUCUGACAAGCGACGAACUGAGCAUCCAGGACGCGCUAGUGCAGAACCCCGAGGCGUUGGCAUGUCUCUACGCCAUCCUGCGUGACGACGACUCGCGCCUCCUGCCACUCACGGCCGGCUUCCUCCACCGCAUCCUCACGGUCCUCUGCAACCGCAGUUUGAACCUCGACGUGAUCGAAUACUUCGUGUCACAGCCCGACUUCGUCGACAGCCUCGUCAGGCACGUGGGCAUGGCGGCAGUGCCGGACAUUCUCUUCCGCUUCAUCCAAUCCGGUCCGUACUUCAAGUACAUGGCGCUCUGUGAGUGCCUGGACAACCAGGAUCUCGUGCAGAAGUUGCUCGACGUCCUUUUAGAGGGUUCCGACGACGACGAAGACGGUGUCCGAGCCCCAGCCUGCAGCUGCCUCUGCCAACUUCUCGCCGAGUGCCGCCAGUGGAAGUUCAUGCGUCCCCUGGAGGAGACCGAUAGCACCAGCCCGAUCCUUGCUCGUCUUGAAAGUGACGAAGUCCUCAACCGGAUCCUCAAUUUGUUCCUCCAGCCAGCCCCUCCCUCAGAGCCGAUGUCGCCGCUGAAGGCCGCCGUAAUCCCUCUCGCGCUCAUCUUCCUGCGUCACCUGCUCCUGCCCACAUACAGUUUGGAUUUCAGCGUCGGACUGACAUCGGGAAUUGGUCACGAGGACACGCAACGCAAGAAGCAUGCUUUUAACUCCGACGGACACUUUCGUGCUUACGGUGAAAUGGGCGUUGCCUUGAUCGGUACCAAGCACGACGUCUACGUCCAGGUCCCGGGUUUGCCUGGCCAGCGAUCCGAGGGCGAAGUCAUCUUCGGCUGCGUCGAUUCCUCUCGCAACCUCUCCUGCCUCCUGCCUUGUUUAGCUACCUUCAAAUCCCUCCUCCUCACGCCACCGCCACCACCCGCUCCGUCGACUGAGAUCUCGCAGCUGCCAGCACCUCUCGGUCCGGUCCGAAUCCACAUCAUUCGAUUCCUCUGCCACCUCCUUUAUAACUCGCGCGGAAUGGACAGCAUCCGUAUUGUCAGGGAACUCUAUCGGCUCGACUUAUUCAUUGUUAUUAUAGACCUGUUUUUCGCCCACAAAUGGAACUCCCUCCUCCACAGUAGUGUGGAAUUUCUCUUCCGUCUAGUCCUGCGCCGCUCGAUUAGGAAGUUUAAUCUCUCAGACGGCGACUCCACGUUGGUAGACGACACGCUGGUUCACAGCGGUGAUCUGUCCGCGUCGUUUUCCGUCAUCGAGGAGGACAGUAGUACAGACCAAUCGUUCAAGUCCUUGCCGAACAGCAGUGCUGCUGACGAAACGAAGCAAUCCACGUCCUUUCCUAAUCCCUUCGUCGGCGUGAUCCAUCAGAUCGUGGUCAGACAUCGGUUCCUUGAGCGUCUGAUGACCGUCUGGGUAGAGAACGAGAACGGUCGCAGCGAAUCGGGCUUCCGUCGCGCGGGUUACAUGGGUCACCUUCGAACGAUUGCCAACCUCCUCGUGUCGUUCCUGCUCCCCUCGACAGCUGGUUCCGUGGGCGUUUCACCGAACGAAAUUAAGGAAGACAACGACACCGAGGACGGUUUUGAUGUUGACGACGACGACGAUAUUGAGGUCCUGCGAGAUGACGACGACGACGACGGCAGGUUGAACAACUCACCCAACAAGACCUCGUUUCGGUCGGUCGGCGACACGGAGAUGCCUGCCGAUGGCACAGCCAGGCAGUGCGCGGACCGGGCAGCCGAGGUUCGGCUCUGUGUUACACGAGCAUCGAUGCACACUCAAGACACAUUGACGAUUUCUUACACAGAUUUGAGUGCAUCCACGUGGGAAAAUUGGCAGGAAUUUGUCAGGGGCGAUCUCGCACGCGUCAACCAGGCGUCUUUCAUCAACUACGAUAACUUUCCCAACUCCUUGUCCUCCUCGUCCACGUUGUCCGAAAACGAGGUGAACCCUGCCCCCUCCUACGUAUCGCCUGGCUCUACCCUCAUGUCCUCAGUCGAGCGGUCGUACAAUCAGUACAACACGCAGAACCUGGCCGUAUCGUUUCCCGAGGUCUUUGGCUUCUCGGAGGACGAGUUCGACGAAUCUGCUGAUCGCUUCGACGACGAAAUCGAAGGUGCCCUCUCCGAUCUCGCCUUCUCAUUGGCCAUUCAGGAAGACAAUGUGGGUGGCACCCUGCGUGACAACAGCGCCCUAUUUGAGCUGUCGUGCAACGAGGUGGUUAUAGCUCCGGAUGGUGAGGAAGUCGGCAACGAAUCCAUUGGUCUUCCGAUUGUCUGCGUGGAGACCCAAUCAACGCCGCCUGGCCACGUGAACGGAUCGCCCAAGGGUGUUCGAUCGGUCACCCCGAUGCCACAGUCGAAAGCCGAGACCUGCGCGGUUGCUGAGGUUUUCGAGGAGGUCCGCGUGGAAACAGAAAAUGCGGAAAUAAGCGCCGCCGCGGACGCCGAAGAAGACUUCCUUGGCUUUCUGGCUCCUUCAUCGCGACGUCAAACCAACGGUUCCGUGUCGCCACCCCCCUGCACCAACAGCUUUGUUCAUGAGGGCGAUCUGUCGUCCUCAGGUACCGGUCCCACCCUUCCAUUCUUCUCGCCGACCGAUCUGCAACCGCAGCUUGCACUCGCCCCCGGACCGACUCCGAGCAACGGUCGACCUGUGAUCUCCUUGGGUCAGGUCCGUCGUCUCUCCUCUUCCUCCUCCUCCCCCAACGACUCCCCUCCCUCUGUGGAGAACUUAUCUAGCCCCACUUUCGAUCACUGGAGCCCCGUGGAGCCGAAGUUGUCGUCGCCGAUCUCCAAAAUCAGCUCCCCCGACUUACCCGAUGUCGAGAGUCUCGUGUUACCGCGACUCAUCCUCGACGACUCCAAAAUCGGCGUGCGAACAUCGUCCCAACUAACUUCGUCGUUCUCGUCCAUGUUCCUCCGCAACGAGAAGCACGCCGUUGUGGGUGUAGCAGCAGCCCCUCUCCCGCGGCCGAUUCAGCCGACGGUGCGUUCGCAUCGUCUCGCACGCACGCCGCUCUUGAAGCCCAACGGCCACGUGGAAUCGGCCGCUGCCGGUGAGCAACUCGUCAACGGAAGCGCCAAUCCACCGGCGACCUCGAGUAGGCGGAAACGGCUGGUCAACGCCUCCGCUGAUUGGACAAAUGAUGAUGACGCUGUUUCGUGGUCCUCCAACCAAAUUCCCACUACCUCCGACUCCUCCAUCUUGCAUCGGUCUACUUCAGAAGGCGAGGGUCUUUCUUCCCUUAUUCAGGUUCCUAAUCUAGCUCCCUUGGAAGCGGAUUUCAACGGAGAUGAUUCCGCCACCGAGUAA